AUGACCGCGGAGCGACAAAGGACGCGGGGGAACCGGGACGGGAUGAACCGCUUCCCGAGAGACGCGGAGAGCGGAGCGCUGCGACCGGACCGCAGGGAGCUAGUCCGGGGACCCCAUCGGCGGGCCGGAACCGAGGAGAUCCGCGCUGAAACGCAGCCGAGCCGCUCGGGAGGGACGAGCGGAGCCGGAGGAGGAGGUGAGGAGGAGGAGGAGGAGGAGGCGGCGAGCGGCGCGUCGGUGAGCAGCAUCAGCAGCAGGGUCGGUGGGCACAAGGACGCAGCGUCGGGUGGAGACGCGACGUGCGCCAAAGGCACAGAGGAGCGGAAGGCGAAGAACCUGAUCCGGGGCUGGAAGCGGGACCGGGACCGGGACCGGGACCGGGACGCCUGCGCCGCACCUCCUCCCGCCCGGACGAGGAAAGAGAAGUCCGGCGAUGUCUGCCGCUGCGCCGCGCCGGAGCCCCGCACCCCGGGAGAAAACGGCGGCAUCAUCAGCAGCGGAGGAGGAGGCGGCGGCGGCGGCGCGCUGGAUUGUGGAGCUAAAAGCGGCGGCGGCGGCGGCGCGAUCGUUGUCGGGCGGCAGCAUGACGACACGCCGGCGGCCAAGAAGCACCGAGGGGCCGAGAAGGGGGACCCCAUGUUUACGGUUCCAGCCGCCCCCGCUCCAGGCCCCCCAGGGGCCCCCGGGCCCUCCCUGCCCUUGGCCCCUCCUUUCCCCCCUCCGGCCCUGCCCACCUCCAGCCCCAAGCAGCUACUGGUGAGGACGAGAUCCGUGGGCACCAACACCCAGGACGGGGAGAGCGUCCCGGGGGGGGCGGAGGGCGACUUGGCCUGUCUGGGACCCUGCCAGCCCGGGACCAGCGUCAACCUGGAGGGCAUCGUCUGGCACGAGACCGAGGAGGGUGUGCUGGUGGUCAACGUGACCUGGCGGAAGAGAACCUACGUGGGAACCUUGUUGGACUGCACCAAACACGACUGGGCUCCCCCAAGGUUUUGCGAGUCUCCCUCCAGCGACCCCGAGUUGCCCGGUGGGCGUGGCCGGGGCAAACGGAUGCGGAUGGGCUUGUCCGAGCGACCCUGCGUUGAUCCGGCCCCAGCAGCCAAGGUCAGAGGUCUGUCUCAGCACAGGAGCCGUGGAGGUGGCUUGGCCGGAACCGCCGCGCCCAUCCACAGCAAGGGACGCAGAGGAAGCCUGAACCUCAUCAACAGCAACUGCCGAGCCCCUCCUUCUUUCUUCACUGUCGAGGAGGUGAAAUCCACCAAUGGCGCCUCAUCUCACUUGUCCGCGAAGCGGAAGAACAAGCCACCCGCUGACCUGGACCUCAGCCUGGUCACCUCUGACGACGUCAAAAACGGCAACGGGAAGAGGAUCCGAGCCAAAUCUCGCAGCGCCCCGUCAACGCCGCAGGGAAAAUCCGACCCCUCGUUCAUGGACCCUGGAGGCGGUUGCGCCUCCUCCCCUCCUCCCCCGCCCAUCCUCAUUGACUGCCCCCACCCUAACUGCACUAAACGUUACAAGCACAUCAACGGCCUGCGCUACCACCAAACGCACGCACACCUGGAGGCCGAGGAGCAGAGGAAGCCGGAGUUGGAGCCCAUGAAGGAUGGGGAGGGCGAGGAUCGGCUUUCAGACUGCGAGGACUCCAUCAGCAGCAUGACGUACGACCUCUCAGAGACGAACAGUUCCUCCAAGAAACCAGCUCCUCUGUACAAGGUGACCACAGUGGGAUCUCCUAAGAACAGACGGCUGCUACUCAGCACCGACCACAGCGCCUCAGUCAACACCAAGACCAGAAGAACCUCACUGCUGAAAGACGGGCUGAUCGACGACCUUAGCAACCUGCCCAUCAUCUCAAACAUGACCGUGGUCCUGGAGAACUGCAUGGUCCCAGACAGGAAUUCCAUAGUGGAAAUGCCCAAGCUGGAGGCCGAAGGCUUGAUCGACAAAAAGGGAGGCGGGUGCGACAAGGGCAAGAAGUCCAAUGGGAAGGUGGAGAAGCUGUCCAAGUCACGGACCAACCGGCCGAUUGCUCCGGCCCCUGCGCCCCCAAAGCUGAUCGCCAUACCCAACACGACGUAUCCGACCGGCACAGCCGACACCACGACCUCACAGCAGAACUCACCUAUAGCAGCCGUGGGCCUCACCGGUAAGAACCUUACCCUGAAACCCAUCAAACCAAAGCAGAGCAUGGUUGUGGAACCGAGCCUCGUGAAAGCCACCAUGAUCACCUGUAGCAAGGAGACCAGGAAGAAAGAGAAACGGAGGCUGAAGGACAAACACCACAAAACCAGGAUGCCGAACAGCGAUGGCGAUGGAAUCAAGAUGGAAGAUGGUUGUGGUUCCAAAAUGGGUGUCAAGGAAAUUUCCGGAAGUCUUCUGAAGGAGCACCUCAGCAAGCAGGAUAUGAUGAACGGGCUCACGGAGAGUCAGGAGAGCAGGAUGGCCAGUAUCCGAGCCGAGGCCGACAAGGUGUAUACCUUCACCGACAACGCCCCCAGCCCCUCUAUCGGCAGUUCAUCGAGGCUCGACCCCGGCGGUGGUUGCCUGGCAACGGACAGCAAGAACAACAGCCCCGCCUAUUCAGACAUCUCGGACGCUGGGGACGACGGGGGAUCCUCCGAAUGUCGCUCAGAUGGAAUCCGAUCCAAGUCCGCCUCCUUGGCCUCGUCGGAGGCGAGCUCUAACAGUAGCCACAGCAACUCUGGUAAAACCCCACCCACUGCGUCUGCCCCGCCGCCAAAAGACUCCCAAUCCCCGUACUACCACGGCUACGAGCCCUACUACCUGCAGGGGUACAUGCAGUCAGACAGGCAGAACAGCAACAGCGUCGCCUUCCAUAAAAGCUCCGGGCUCGACGGCAACGGCAGGAAGGAGGAAGCAAGAGAGGACGACAGAACGUCCCCCCGCGAGUUCUCAGACUUGAAGAAAAGCGACGGGCCGCCUCAGUCUCAGCUCCAGCUGGCCAUGAGCCAGACCCAGACCGCCUUGGCCCAGUCGCUGUACUACGGCCAGUACUCCAGGGGCUUGUAUAUGGACCAGAAACUGUUGCUGGCCUCAAAGUGCUGCGACCAGACGCAUGGCGCCAAGCAGAGGGGCGAGAGGGGACAGGGGCUGAGGGACGGUGAGGACGACAGACACGUAGUCGGGAAUUCGGCAAGCGGACCCGUGCUGGGAAAGGGUCUGGAUGGCGUCAAAGGCUGCUGUCCCAAACCGGCCCUGUCCUACGUGGAAAUGAGCGAGAGGGGGGAAAGGGGACUGAGUCUAGGCAGGAAGUCGGCCCACUGUGGCGUGCUGGACCAGCACCAGGUCUCGAUGAAAGACUGCGACGACAUCAAGUCGCCUUCUUCUUCUUCGGCCCUCCACAACCCAAACAGUCAGACAGAUCUGGACUCAAAUGUUUCCUAUUCCAGUCCCCCAGACGGCCUGCCCUGGGCCCACUGCCUCGCUCACAGCAAGUACUCUGAGCUACGUCACGGGGAGGAGGCCGAGGAGGGGGAGAUGGACAGGGGGAGAGAGUGGGGAGCUACCAUGGAGCCUGCCGGGGCUAAGAUGACUGGAGGAGGCGGUGGAGACGCUAAAAAAAACAGGCUCCACGAACUCCCGCCCGCCAUCGACGUGGAUGAUCCGGACGGACUGGACGGGCUGGAGCAUCAGGACCAGGAGCCGGUUGGGGCGCUGGACCAGGAGCCCCAGAACGCCCGGGCGGCGGUGUCUCCUCCUGUGACCCCCCAGCAGCCCUACGUCCAAUACCAGCACUCGUCCUACCAGCCUUACCUGGCCAUGUGCGAGAGCGGCGGGGGCUCCUACAGAGGGGUGUCACCCACCCUGGUCCACAAUUACCCCGGUUUCCACUACCCUCUGUACGGAAAGACGGCGGGCAGGGAGGAGUCAGAGGUGACUCCGCCCAGCCGAGGAGGAGUGGCGGGCGGCCAGCAGAGCGGAGACCCGUCCUCGUCCUCGUCCAUGGAGCUGCUGCAGCAGCAGAGCCACCAGUACCACGGGAAAUCCCCCGCUCCCGGCGAGAAGGGUUCCCCAGAGGGAGAGAGAGAGACGGAGCGAGAGAGGAACCACGUUUCGUUCGCCCGACACCUCCACACACACCACCACACACACCUGGGCAUGAGCUACACCCUGAUGUCAGGACAGUACGACAUCUACCAAGGGCUGAGCUCCCGCUCGCUGGUCUCCAGUCAGCAGGUGUCGGCUUCCUCCUCUGCUGAGGGCGAAGGGAAGAAGUAG